AUGGGGGUAAAUUCUGACUUGGGGGAAAACAAGCUCUCCAAAGAGGAAGAAUCAGAGUCUACGGACGCCGAAGUCACCAAGGAAGAUCAAGAAAAGAUCAACACUUUUUCGAGACUGCACAAUCGGAGUAAAGCCCUAGAGGAAGAAUUGGGCUUGAAACACAAAGACAAGGAAGACCUCGAAGAACUGUCCACCGAACUCGAGCUCGCCGACGAGGACUCAUUAAUCCCAUACAAAAUUGGCGACUCGUUCAUGCACCUCCCGCUGGCCGAAGCGCAGGAACUGCUGUCGACGCAGACGACGGAAAUCGAAGGCGAGGUGUCGGCGCUCGAGGAGGAACUGGAGACCAUCAGGGAGCAGAUUCGCGGCUUAAAGGCACACCUCUACGCUCGGUUCGGGAAGGGGAUUAAUCUCGAAGCCUGA